AUGCUCCUGGGCUGCAACGUCAUCGCGGGCAUCUCAUCCCUCUUCUCAGCGCGCCUGGCCUCCGCCAUCGGCCUGGUCAACACGAUGGUGUUCACCCACGCGCCAAGCAACAUCUUCACGGCGCUAGUCCCCGUCAUGCCAAACCAGUGGUCGGCGAUGGCCAUGCUCUUUGCCAGGUUUUCAAUCUCUCAGAUGGAUGUGGCGCCGAGACAGACACUCAUUGCAGGCAUGGUGCGCCCUGACGAGCGCACCGCGCUGAUGGGCGCAGUAAACGUCGCCCGCAGCAUCGCGUGCAGCUUCGGGCCCUUGGUCACAGGCGCCCUCGCGGGCGGCGGCCAGUGGGCGUGGGCGUUCUACCUGUGUGGGGGCCUGAAGCUGACGUAUGAUGGGUUGCUGCUGCUGACCGCCCGCCACUUGAAGGUGGACGCUUGA